AUGUGCGAUGCGAUGUUGGCCGCGUGGUUGAUUUUCACUGCUUGUGUUGUGCUGAUUUCGCGACCGAUCUGCUGUUUUCCGUCGCGAACGUAUUCCUCAGUGACGGAACUGAUCGCUGCCGCCAAGUGUGAGGCAUUGGGCUUCUCACCCGAAACUAAUCCAAAGGAAUCAACUCAGUGGGUAUCACUUGACUUGGACAUAAGUGGGAUGAUGUGGAAUGACUGUAUUCGCUCUGAAUCUAGAGAUAUUUCAGUUGUCUCAUGGAAUAAAGAGCCUCCAAUUGCAGAGCCUGUGCUGAUUUGCCGAGACGUGACGUCAUUGACUGUUGGUUGGAACUUCUCCACCAAUCACGAUUACCAGGAUGAGCCUCAACUCUAUGCCAUAGAGUUCUAUUCUACAGGAAGUAACCAGUGGAAACCUCUAACCACGACUAAGGAUCGAGUUAUAACAAUAUCACAUCUUUCACCCGUAGAGACAUAUAAUGUGAGGGUAACAUCGGUGAUGGGAGAAGGUCAAUUAGGUCGACCUGUCACUUCGCCUGAUCUUUCAACUCUUUCUGACGAGAAAAUAAAACCAGUGGAAUAUGCGAACGUGAUUAAGCAGAACGUGAACGAGAAUGGCUUGAGCACCCUUAUCAAGUGGGAUCCUUCACCAGAUAAACCUUGUUACUACGAAGUUGUGAAGUGGGUUCCUGAUUCACAAGAAACCUCGAUUGUUGAAGUGAAAGACGUCAGAUUAAAUAUGGAUACUUCAAUUUACAUGACAUUGACAGAUUUGACGUUCGAUACAAACUAUUCGAUCGCAAUUACCGCCGAAGCUGUCAAUUGGACCAGGGAAAGUGACAAGUACUGGCUUUCGUUUUGCACUCAAACAUGUCUGCAAGCGCAUAACUGGAGUUUAACAAUUUGUGCGCCUCAGAAGCCCGUAGGCCUUAACGCAGCAGCAACGGCCAGUGAAGACGGCGAAUACCUGUGUGAUGUAGAGGUCACGUGGGAAAUGCCUGAAGCUGUUCCAGACUUUUACUAUCUGUCUAUAACUCACUACACAGCUGCACCCUGGAAGGCUCCCAAGAAUUAUCAGUGGCAAAAUACCUACCAGUUCAACGCUACUAUCAAUGGGAGUCUCAACAACGCUGUUUAUCGCAAUUUGGAAUCUCAGCCCAGUAUGAUAAUCAUACUGACUGCAGUAUCGGAAGGAGGCAGAUCAAAAGAGGCGAAAAUCUACAGAAACUCGUGCAUCCUCACCAUUCGACCGAUUCCUCAAAACUAUUCAACAGACUUAUCUCGAGCGCAACCAGGCGUGUUACUGUGGUCGAUAACAGCUGUCUGUUUCAUUAUAACGCUGUCUUCGGCAGUAAUAUCCGUUUUUAUAUGCAGAUACCAGUCUAGACGCAAGCAGGACAAGAAACGAGCUCAAUAUUUCAAGAACUUAGAGAAAGACGAAUCAGGAUGCGGAGAAUGGACAACUCACAAAGACGUCGAUGAAGACGAGUUCGAAAUAGCCAGAGAUCGAAUUCUCAUUUCGCACGUUCUUGGCACCGGGGCUUUCGGAGUCGUUCACAAAGGACUGCUCACAAACGGGGCCGGCCCGCCAACGGAGAUUGCUGUCAAAACACUCAGAGAUAACCCGUCCUGUGAGGAGUCACGACAGUUGAGCAAGGAGAUAGCCAUUUUGAAAAGCGUCGGGCGACACCGCAACGUCGCCUCAAUGCUUGGCUGCUGCACACGAGGCAUUCGCCCCCUCCUCAUCAUCGAAUUCUGCGCGCUCGGCGACCUUCAGAAUUUCUUGCGACAGGCGUACGAAAUUGUAUCAAGAGUGAACCUGGAUAGAAGUAAUGCAUCAUCAGAAUCAGAAAGAGUGACGUAUGCUGACCUUAUGCGAUCGAGUAGCUAUGAAAUUCAAAAUGAUGACAUCAGUGGAAAGUAUGAGACACUUGUUGGAUUCCCAAUUGUUAUGAACAAAGCUUACGACAUGGAUAACAGCAAAUUAUGGCAUGCAGCAGGAAGUAUUUCAGAGAUGGAUUUAUUGUCAUUCACAAGACAAAUAGCUAUUGGAAUGGAGUACUUGGCGAAUAACAAAGUGGUGCAUCGUGAUCUGGCAGCACGAAAUGUCCUCGUGUGUUCUGAUUUAACGUUGAAAAUAUCCGACUUCGGCCUAAGCAGAGAUAUUUACGAGCAGAACUUCUACUCGAAAAAGGGCUCUGAAAGACUACCAGUCAAGUGGAUGGCUAUCGAAUCUUUCCUCCAUCAAAUUUAUACUACGCAGAGUGACGUAUGGUCGUUUGGCGUUCUUCUAUGGGAGAUUGUCACUCUUGGAGGUAACCCUUAUCCUUCAGUACCAACAAGUCAAAUUUUCCGCCUUCUGAAGCAAGGAUAUAGAAUGGAGCAACCAUCUUCUUGUGGCAAAGAAUUGUACGACAUAAUGCUAGCAUGUUGGUCCACAAAGCCGAAAGACAGGCCUACAUUCAGUCAACUAGUACAGAAUAUUGAUGAGCUUUUGGAGCAAGUAUCACCGCAACAGUACUUGAAUUUGAAUGUAGAUCUGAUAACAGUCAACCACACUGAUCAAUUUCACGAUUAGAUAAUGAAUUUAAGGACUGCUUACUCAAGUGAAGCUUCAAGGAAUAAUCUUUUCAAGUAGGAUUUUAGAGAAGGUAAAUUCAAUUGAAACUUCACCAGUCUUGGAUGAAGUUUUUCAAGGAGCGUUUGAGAGAAAAAAAUAGAAUUUUCAAGGAAAGCUUCUGGAUGAUUGAGGUAAUCUCAUUUUGCUCACUGUUUAAGAACAUUUUCAAAUAUUGUAUAUCGCUCAAAAUAUCGUUUAUUUUCUACGAAAUCUUACAUUUGUGAUUCAUUGCUAAUAUUUUCCUAACUUUAUUAUAAGUGUAAUGAUGUAUGAAAGGAUGAAUUUAUUGAUGUAUUCCUUCUUGGAUACUCAGUCCGAUCGGUCAUUGUUGUGUCUUACAAAAAUAUAUAUUUUAUUUUCUAAAUGUGUCGAUUCGGUCUAAAAUUAUCUUUCAUGCUACCUACACUAGUUAGAUUCCAGGAAAAUUUUUGAUGACAUUAAUCAUACAUGGAAAUUAUUCACAUUGAUAAUAAUAAUUAUAUGAGUAUUUCAUUUCUUUCAAAUAGAAUGCUGUUCUAUUUUACCUAAGCUGAAUAUAUGUGUAUUCUUGUAUCAAUAGUUCAAGCUGGUAAGUAAUGAUAAUAUUGAACAUUUAUUAUAAUUAUAGCCUAGGUACGGUAUCUUAUCUUUCAGAAAGAUUGGAAAGAUAGAGUAUGCUUUGACUUGGUAGAUGGUAUACUUGUGCUGAGUUAAUUUUGUGAACACAUCUGUAUUAAUUUAGAAUCAGAUUUAGUAAAAUGGAGAGACUUGGACUUGGAUGAAUCUAUGUCAAUUGAAGGCACCAAAUCUGCAAACUAGUUGAAAUCAAUCUGAAUAACAAGCAAUUUUUAAAAAAUCGAUUUCACUUGUCAGUUAUCAAUUUUUGAAGAACAGAAAAUUGCAGUUAGAUGCCAAAAAUUUUUGGAUGUGAGUUUUUUAUUUAAUGUAUAAUAAAUAAAUUAUAUUCGCCAAUCUCCAAAUUUGAUCCGUAAUAACAUUUGAUCUGAACAGGGAAUACAACAGACAUGAUUGCAUUCCGAAUAAACAGUAAAAUAUUGAUUGUAUAUUGAGAUGGAAUAUACUGUGCUUAAUUUGAAUUUAGUUGAUUGUGUAUGAAGAUUCGCAAAAAAAAGAAUAUUAAUGUGAUAGGCUAUGUAAGUGGAAUGUUUCAGUAAGAAUAUAUUUUAUUUAUUACUAUUAUUAUUUUGUUUUUUCUAAUAUUGCAUUCUCAAAUAUCAACUAUUAUAACAGGAAAAUAGAUGGCAACUUAUUCCUCUUGUUUGGUCAUUUCAAAAAAUAAUCUUGUCAACAUUAUUUAAUAAAAAUCUAUGUAUUAUCAUCAUUAUAAUGUACUAUUAUUGUUGUUCAAGAGUUCCAUUUGAUGUACCAAUAAUAAAUGUUUAUUAUCACUUUUAAUAUCAUGCUAUUUCUGGACAUCUUAUUUUGUUAGAUGUAUUGCCAAUAACGUGCAUUUCAAAUUUUCAAGUUAUACGUCUUGAAAUAGGCUUGGUGUUGGAUAAGAAACUUUCCAAUGUAUUUCUGAUAUCAGGUUUUUCAUGUUCUUAUUGAUGUUUUAUUAGUAAACUGAAUACUUUGAUCUCUGUUGGAUUAAUUGUAGCUUCCUAUGUAAUUUGUCAACUACUUAUUAAAUUCAGAUUGAAAGAUAUUAUGUUUAUCUACUCUAGGAAAAUACAAAAAUAUUUUUGUUUAUAACAGCACACCAGAGAGAGCUAAUAUAUUAUAGUAUGAGUGUUUAUAGAAUCUUACAACUGAAAAGUUACUAGUGACUCCCUGGUUUGAAGAAAUCGCUCAUGAACUGCUGUAUUGAUCUCGGGAGUCCGCAACUUGUAAUAAUUAUACCGAGUUGAUGAGAAUAAAAUUAUUAUGGAAACAGCAAAAUAUUUCUUUUACAAGU